UUCACAGUAGUCUUGUCUAGUUUUCUCAAAGUUUUCUCUCUAUAUUUUAAUACGUAAAGAGAUAGAAGUAGUAGGAGCUUAAUUUAUUAGCAAUGGCAAGUGGUGGUGAUGAUGAGCAAGUAAGAAACAAGCAAGUGAUAUUCAAGGACUAUGUGUCUGGUUUUCCCAAAGAAUCAGACAUGUACGUAAGUACCAAUGGUACCAUAAGAUUGAAGGUCCCAGAUGGUUCCAAUGGGAUUGUGGGGAAGAACCUCUACCUGUCCAGUGAUCCCUACACCCGGAACCGCAUGACGAAGCCCGACACUGGCAAUUAUUACGUCAACUACUUGAAGCCCGGUUUGCCCAUUAAUGGACUUGGUGUGGCUAAAGUUUUGGAUUCUGGGCAUCCAAAUUUCAAGAAAGGCGACUUAGUUUGGGGAAAUACUGGAUGGGAAGAAUAUAGUUUGAUUACAGAUUUUCAGCUCUUGUUUAAAAUCCAACACACUAACGUGCCUCUGUCCUACUAUACUGGCAUUCUUGGUCUGCCUGGUUUAACUGCUUAUGGUGGUUUUUAUGAGGUAUGCUCUCCUAAAAAAGGAGAUAAUGUCUUCAUUUCAGCAGCUUCUGGGGCAGUUGGUCAGCUUGUUGGGCAGCUUGCAAAGCUGUUAGGUUGCUAUGUUGUCGGAAGUGCUGGAAGCAAAGAAAAGGUUGAUUUGCUGAAGAAGAAAUUCAAGUUCAAUGAGGCUUUCAACUAUAAAGAAGAGCCUGACUUGGAUGCAACUUUGAAAAGGUACUUUCCGGAAGGUAUUGACAUUUACUUUGAGAAUGUUGGGGGAAAGAUACUUGAUGCAGUGCUCCUCAACAUGAGAGCCCAUGGUCGCAUUGCUGCUUGUGGCCUGAUCUCACAGUACAACCUUGACAAGCCUGAAGGUGUGCACAAUUUAAUGCACCUGAUUUAGAAACGGAUUCGAAUGGAAGGAUUCGUGGUUUUUGAUUACUUUCACCUCUACCCAAAGUUUCUGGAGUUUGUUCUGCCUCAGAUUGCUGAAGGGAAGAUUGUGUAUUUGGAAGACAUAGCUGAAGGCCUCGAGAGUGGCCCAUCAGCACUUGUUGGGCUAUUUUCUGGUCUCAAUGUUGGCAAACAGGUAGUUUUAGUUUCUCGGGAAUGAUUGAGAUCAAAAGCUUUAGGUCCCUUGGAAGCUUUCUACAGCAAAUAAAUCUUGUACUUCUAUACCUUUUAAAGAAGUGUUCAGGUAUCAGUGUUCAUCAGGAAGUGGGUUUCCUAAAAAGAUGUUUUGCCCCUGAAGCCACGGAUUUCUUUCCCCAGAUAGAUGUUUGUCAUUGUUUUUCCUAAAUAAAUUUUGUCAUUGAGGUCACGAACUAGCAGAUGUUAUUGAUCUUGCAAGCACAAAUACAUAGCCAUGUGGAUUGUUUUUUGAUAUAAAGGACCUAGUACUUUUAUGAACUUUAUACUCCUCAUCUAUACACUAUUUUAUGGACCUUGGAUUUGAUGAACUUCUUAUGAAACCUGUUGGAUUA